CGCAACUUCCAAACGACCUAAGUUCCCAUGAUAGAAAUCAUUCAGCGGUAUCUGGUCUUUUAUGCAAUUAAAUCUACAUCUCAUGGCAUCAAAGCUUCAAGACCAAACGUUGAAUGUUGGCUACAGGCAAUUUUGUCGGCUUAAGUGACGACUACGAUGAGUAACGGCGCUUUCUGAGGAGGAAAGGAAUGACAGCUCCAUUCCUUGACAUAUAUGAAAGGGAGCGGAUAGUAUAACAACACCAUUAGUGUUGUGAUAGAAACUAGUAUUUAGCAUUUUAAUUACUUAUUGGAUUAUUAUUAUUUCGGAUUAUUGGGACUAUUUCGGGAAUUGGGGAAUAAAUUAUAUGUCGGGUAGCAGUAGGGAAUUAGCCAAUUAUUAUAUAAAUUGCUUGUAAGUGGGAUUAGGCCACUAAGUAAGAUUAAACCUAAUAAACCCUAAUCUUUCCUCUCUCCCUUCUCCUCUCCCUCGACUGAACUUUCCCCUUCCACUCUCUUCUGCACUCAAAUCAUUAGGGUCAUCCUCUUAUUGACCCCUAGUCCAAAUCCCUAGAUAGAAAUCUGUGCAGCGGGUUCUAUCAAUUGGUAUCAGAACCUGGUUCUUGGGUUCGUGAGCAAACGAAGAACGACGAUCGAGAUGGUGUCAACGAAGUCUAUACAAGCAGCUGAGAAGGCAACCAAGGCGGCGCAAGAGCUGGUCGGGAUCGCGACCACAACGGGGCUGCCGGUGACCAACCAGGAGGCGCCGACUGGGCUCAACCCGCGGCCAAGGCUCCGAGGAACGGAGGCCGCUGGUGACAGGCGGAGACGGCCGGGUGGCUGCACGCGUGGAGGCCGCGGGUUUCGCCACCGGCGGAGGGAGCGGGGCGAGCGUGGAGCCGACGGCUGCAGGUGGUGGAGGCGGCGCCGGGGCGACCGCGGAACCGGCGGCGAGUGGUACGGGCAGCGGGGUCGCCGGGGACGGCGGGGUCGCGGGCGGCGAGGCGGCGACAGCGGCGGCUCCGGUGGCGGCGGCAUUGGCGGCGCCGGUAACGGCGAUGGGGUCGACGCUGGUAACGACGAUGGGGGCGGCACUGGUGAUGGUGGUUGCAGGUGACCAGGCGGCAGUGCAGGAGCGUGUGGGCCACGACAGGCUAGGUCAGGGUGUUGGGCCUAGGCUUUUGCCUACACCGUCGGCCCAAGAUCAAAUUAAACCGAACCGAAAUCGAAUUAAUGCUAUUCGGUUCG